AUGGCGGAGCUAGCGAUGUUGGACGAGGCGGAGUGAAGGGUUGCUUCGGGGCGCCCUAGAGUUACACUGGUGGGAAGGUUCCCCAGGAUAUGCCUGCCUCUCUACAAACGCAAAAGUGUCUGCAGAUUAAGCUGACCUCCAGUGUCACAGAAGUACCUUAACUGACCUUCAUAUAUUAUUUGGAAGAGGACCUCUCACAGAGUGGUUCUUGUGGUUUUUCUGGGUAUGUGCAGUGCUGUGAGCAACCAUGGAUUCCAAGGAGAAACAUCAGGAUGAAAUGACUGCAAAUUUGGGUCUGACCACAACAAAAGCCCUAACUAUUCUGAGAGACCAGCUAUCAACACUGCUGGAAGGACAUCAGAAGGAAAGGAAGAAAGUGAUUUCAUGGAAGGAAGUAUGGAAGGCCAGUUUCCUACAUCAUGGCAACCGUUGUUCCUGUUUUCACUGGCCAGGGGCAUCCCUGAUGCUUUUAACUAUGCUGCUACUAUUCUGCUGCUAUGGGAGCCAGCCACAAGGAAGUGAAGGUUCAGAAAUCGUAAAUGCCUUGGCACUGUUCUUCCUGGUGCUACUUGACCUUUUUGUGAUUGGACGGCAAGAGAGGAUGAAACGCUGGGAAGUUGAGAGGAGACUUCGGAAAAUCAUCAGCAGAAUAAAUGAUGCUUUAAAAGAUAGUAAAGAACUUAUCUGGACAAACACCAUGUACCCUGACCUUCACAUGCCCUUUGCCCCAUCCUGGUCACUCCACUGGGCCUAUAGAGAUGGCCACCUUGUCAACCUCCCAGUCAGCUUGUUGGUAGAAGGUGAUAUUGUUGCUCUGAGGCCAGGACAGGAAUCCUUCACCUCUCUUAGAGGGAUUAAGGAUGAUGAACAUAUUGUCUUAGAGCCAGGAGAUCUGUUUCCUCCCUUUUCUCCCCCACCCUCCCCCAGUGGGGAGCUGAAGAAAGGACCCCAGAACCCUCAGAUGUUUCGACUCUUUCGUGUCACAAAAACACCAGUGAUUGACAAUGUUCGAUUAUGUUUAGACAUGGGUUUAUCCCGGCCUGUGACUGCUCUAGAUAAUGAGAGAUUCACAGUACAGUCAGUGAUGCUGAAGUUUGCUGUUCCUGUUGUUCUGCUUGGCUUCCUGAUCACCAAUGCCAUGCGGUUUUUUUUCCUGGCUGAUAGAAGAGUCUCUUGGCAGUACAUGUUUCUUCAGCUUCAGGUUAAUGGUGUCUUGCCUAUCCUCCCACUCCUGUUUCCAGUCCUAUGGAUCCUUGCCACAGCCUUUGGCGAAGCCAGGGUCCUAGCCCAGAUGAGCAAAGCUUCCCCCACAUCCUUGCUGGCUAAGUUCUCAGAGGACACACUCAGUAGCUACACAGAGAUGGUAUCUUCCCAGGAAAUGAUACGUUGUAUCUGGAGCCACUUCCUGCGAGUUCUGAAGGGCAAAUCUCCAACGCUCACCUUCACCUCUAGUUUGCUUCACAGCCUGGGAUCUGUCACAGUGCUCUGCUGUGUGGAUAAGCAAGGAAUUCUGUCCUGGCCUAAUCCCAGUCCAGAGACGGUUUUGUUCUUUAGUGGCAAGGUGGAGCCUCCUCAUAGCAGCCAUGAAGAUCUGACGGACGAACUCUCCACACGUUCCUUCUGCCACCCAGAAAUGGAUGAAGAGCCUCAUGAAAGGGAUGCUUUGCUCUCAGGGCCCUUGUCGGAUGUGGUUCGCAUCAGCAAUGAACAAGACAGGGCUGAGUGGUCCACCAGCAAUACUCCCAAGUCUUCUGAUACUCAGAUUCACAAGAAGCCAGCAGGCCGCAGCAAGCACCCUUCGGGAUCUAAUGUGAGCUUCAGCAAAGACAUUGAAGGAGGAGAGGAGGAGCCAAUUCAGGUGGAAGGUGACAGCGAGGGGUUAGCCUGUGAGGCUGAAGACUUUGUGUGCGAUUACCAUUUGGAAAUGCUGAGCCUGUCUCAAGACCAGCAGAAUCCUUCCUGCAUCCAGUUUGAUGAUUCCAACUGGCAAAUGCACUUAACCUCUCUGAAGCCCCUGGGCUUGAACGUGCUGCUCAAUCUGUGCAACGCAAGCGUGACAGAAUGCCUGUGCCGCUUCUCCGACCACCUGUGUAACAUCGCCUUGCAAGAGACACACAAUGCUGUCUUGCCGGUUCACAUACCAUGGGGGCUUUGUGAACUUGCCAGGCUAAUAGGGUUUACACCUGGUGCCAAAGAGCUUUUCAAGCAGGAGAAUUACGUGGCCCUUUACCGCCUGCCCUCUGAUGAGAUGGUGAAAGAAGUGAUGCUUGGGAAGCUCUCAUUAAUCACCAAGAGGAGGCCGCCUUUGAGUCACAUGAUCAGCCUUUUUGUGAAAGACACCACAACCAGCACGGAGCAGAUGCUUUCCCAUGGGACUGCUGACAUCAUCCUGGAGGCCUGCACUGACUUCUGGGACGGCUCAGAUAUCUACCCACUUUCUGGCUCCGACAGGAAGAAAGUGCUGGAUUUCUACCAGCGUGCCUGCCUUUCGGGUUAUUGUUCUGCCUUCUCCUACAAGCCCAUGCACUGUGCCUUGUCUUCCCUCCUGAAUGGCAAAUGCAUAGAACUGGUGCAGGUCCCUGGACAAAAUGCCAUCUUUACCUCUUGUGAUCUUCCAGGGACCAUACCUAUCAAGCAAAGCAGCCGGAGAAACAGCUGGAGCUCAGAUGAAGGGAUUGGGGAAGUGAUGGAGAAGGAGGACUGUAUCCAGGCUUUGAGUGGCCAGAUCUUCAUGGGCAUGGUCUCCUCCCAGUAUCAGGCCCGAUCAGAUGUUGUCCGCCUCAUUGAGGGACUAGUCAAUGCAUGCAUUCGUUUUGUCUACUUCUCCCUGGAAGAUGAACUGAAGAGUAAGGUGUUUGCUGAAAAGAUGGGUCUUGAGACUGGCUGGAAUUGCCAUAUAUCUCUAACUCCCAAUGGAGAUGUGCCUGGAUCUGAAAUCCCUCCCUCCAGUCCCAGUCAUGCAGGCUCCUUGCAUGAGGACCUUCCUCAAGUCUCCCGAGAAGAUGCAGAGGGGCUUUUGUUGAUGGAGGAGGAAGGCCACUCAGAUCUCAUUAGCUUCCAGCCAACAGACAGUGACAUCCCCAGUUUCCUGGAGGACUGCAACAGGGCCAAACUUCCACGGGGAAUCCACCAGGUGAGACCCCACCUGCAGAACAUUGACAACGUGCCUUUGCUCGUUCCUCUGUUUACAGAUUCCACCCCAGAAACCAUGUGUGAGAUGAUCAAGAUCAUGCAGGAGUAUGGGGAAGUCACUUGCUGCUUGGGCAGCUCUGCCAACCUGCGCAACAAUUGCCUUUUCCUUCAGAGUGAUAUCAGCAUAGCACUGGAUCCUCUCUAUCCCUCUCGAUGCUCCUGGGAGACCUUUGGUUAUGCUACCAGCACAAACAUGACCCAUAUUUCUGAUGAGCUCACGCCACUUCAACUCUCUGGCCAGCUGAAUAGUUUAUCCUGCUCCUUGUCUAUUUGCCCUGAAGAAACAAUUGGGAUCAUCAGACUUAUAGAACAAGCCCGCCAUGCAACUUAUGGCAUACGGAAGUGCUUCCUUUUUCUCCUACAGUGUCAGCUAACUCUGGUCAUCAUUCAGUUCUUGUCUUGCCUGGCACAACUGCCUCCCAUUCUCAGUACCACUGACAUUUUGUGGCUUUCGUGCUUCUGCUACCCAUUGCUAAGUGUAUCCCUCCUGGGCAAGCCCCCUCAUAGUUCCAUUAUGUCGAUGGCUACUGGGAAAAACUUGAUCUUCAUUCCUAAAAAGACUCAGCAUUACUUCCUCUUCUGCUUCCUGCUGAAAUUCAGCCUCACCAUCUGUUCCUGCUUGGCUUGUUUUGGCUACUUGCUGCAAGAUUACUGUGCAAACUUCAACUCAUCUACCUUCAGUGUGAAUGUCACAAGCUGCUUCUCCCUCAUGCUGCAAAGUGGAACAGAAACCCACUCUGAUUGGUUUGGAACUUUCUCAAACAUUCUUCUCCUAGCCCAGAAAUUUACAGCCGGAAUGAUUGUCUUACACACCGUGUUUAUUUCAGUCACUCAUGUCCAUCGUACCAAACCACUGUGGAAGAAAAGCCCCUUCACUAACUUCUGGUGGACCCUGACAGUAGUGGUUGUGUUGCUGGGCCAGAUUGUUCAGACCUUCCUGGAUCUGAAACUGUGGGUGAAUCUUGAGUCUCCUGUGACUUACCAAAUGGAGGACAUUCCCAUGGCCUCCUGGCUGCUGGGUUUGCUCUCUCUUGUCCUUGUAGUGAUAAUCAAUGAGACUGUCAAGCUCCAUGAAAUCAGGGUUCGGGUUCGUUACCAGAAGAGACAGAAGCUGCAGUUUGAAACCAAGCUGGGCAUGAAUUCUCCUUUUUAAUCCCCACAAGUUGGAUGUGCCCUGGAGGGCUGCAUGUCCCUUUCCUGCCCAGCCUUGUCACUUAGCAGCCUCAUGCAGGAAUCCCUCUGUGGUCUGACUGAAAGGUCAGCAGAGGUCCAGGCAAAAGUUUGACGCUGGGACGAUGGCACAUGGACGGCUGUCCUCGCCUUUAUUUAUUUCAGGACCUCCUCCCGUGAUGUUUCUUGGAAUCCCUCAGGUUGGCGUGGGUCUGAGGCAUGCCAUCUUCUGAGAAAUUCUCUGAUACUUUUUUAGGCUCCGCCAGUUGAAUCCUGGAUUUUUCACUUGUCGACCUCCCUCCUGUUGGUUUCUCCCGCGCGAGUGUGGUAGGGUGCGUCUGGCUUUCCAGUUCCACUAGGCCCUACAGGAAAGGCCCCACAGAGGCCGCCAGUGGUAGCUGCUAUGGCAAAGUUUGCCUCUCCUAACAUAGUGAUGAGGCUGCCCUUUGUAGGAGAGGAACUAGCUAUGCCUGAAGAAAAGUAUUUGGGAGAAUUGGAUGCAAAUGACUUGCAGGCAGGCUCUCAAAUUAAACUCCCCUAGGAUGCAACGUCUGUGGUCCAUAACUAGCAAGCCAGGCCUUUCAUCCAUGUGGUGAGAGCAUUUAUGGGGAAAGUGAGAGUUUGUGGUUUUCUCAGCUUGGCCAGGUGCCAUAUUUUCUUAAUGCUGAAUACUAGUUGGCUAGAUUUGGGUAUAUGUGGUAGUGUCACACACACACACACACACAUAUCCAAGGACUGGGAAGCCACGAGAAUCUAUGUGCUCCUGUAAACAUGGAUGUCAAAGUGUCCCAUAAAGUAGCCUGGACCAGAGCUGUAUGUCAGGGGUUUCUUAUUUCCUUCUAGGAGAGCACAUUUGCAGGCAACGGUCUCCAGCUGCUUUGAAUGAGGGAAGGCAGGUAACGCUGGCCGUAUCUCUUCCUGCCUCAAGUCCAUGGGCCGGAUUGUCACUUGCAAGGCCCAGCAGAGAGACUCCCUCAGCUGAAUGUUGUCCUUGCCUGUACUUCAAAGCAUAUUUGAGCUGAAGCUCGAGUUAGUGAACUUAGGAACACAAAAUACCUCAUUCCAAAGUCUGUUCCCCAAAAAAGACGGUCUUGUGGGAACCUGCAUACCCCUUCAUCUGUCUCCUUUCUUAAAGGCCAGUUUAGCUAUGAUGAGUAAUUUUCUUUUAGCAGAAAGCAAGUGGAACUGCGUUCUGCUAUCAGUUUUUAUUUCUCUUCUUCAAAUUAUUCUACUUAAGGCUAUAUUAUAUGUUCCAUAUUAAGACCUGUCCACAGACAUAACAUGCAGAUGAGAGGGCAGGAGAUGCUCAGGCAAAAGCUACUUUGGUCAGAUUUUUGAGCUGCAAUGUAAUGUACCCAACUUCCAUAGGUAUGGGUAAGACAAUCCCAGUCCACUUCCUACUGCUGUGUUUAGAAUCACUGAUUGAUUGUGACUAAUCCUACUCUCUUUCCACAGUGGACAAAAUGGUAUUCAGCUUUGCCAGGUAAUAGUCACAGACGGAUGCCUGACAGUAUUGGACACUUUUCCAAAAGAAGAUUUUCAUAGCUGGAAAUUUUUAGAAAUUUGUAGCACAUGCUAAAGCAAGACUAUGAUCCUCUACACACAGCAGAGUUCUUGAAAGUUGGUUUGUGUCUGUGACCCCUAAGUGAUUUGGCCUGGGAAAUUGAUCAGUAAUCAAUUAUUACAUUUUUAAAUAGGUUCCUGUCUAGACAUUUCCUUUUGUUCAUCAACUUUGCUGCUCUCCACAUGUAGCUAAAAGCCUGUCAUUUUCUCACUUUAUCUAGCAUAUGUACUGUAUGAAUUUCUAGGAAUAAUGAGGUUUGGAAUAUGUAUUCUGGUUCACACUAACCAACUAUUCUAUUAACAAACUACAAUGUUGUCCAGGAUCUGAAUCCUUAUUGGGGGUGGGAAACUUGCUCAAUCCCAAGCUAAAAUGUUGGGAUGUGGAGAAAGGGAGGGGUUGCUUUGCUGUAGGAAUGGGGACUCCCCAACAGGUUCAGAAAAUGUCUUAGGCCGUUUUAAUAUACAUUGAUGAAAACCGAGUCUCCUAGAGAAGGUGCUUCCUGUAGUUUUUUUUUUUCUUUUCCUGAAAGCUGAUCACUCUGAAAAUGACUUUUCUCCUCGUUCUUUCAUAUUUCACUUUUUUCUCCUUAGUGGUACUCAAUUGGAGUUAAACCAUGACUGAAAAGCCUUUUUGAUGGCGGUCUCCUGAAGGACUUGCUACCUUGCUUCCUGUUCCCUUUUUAGUCAGACAGGGCUUCAGAAAAGUGUGGGGCAUCGCCUUAGGGAUGAAUUUCACUUAACAAUCUGUUUUUAAAUGGUGUAUAUUUUAUAUUUAA